CUGUGAUGCACUUCUUUACUUUUCCAGACUUGCGUCCUCUCUCUCCUUCUCGCUCCUAAAAGCUUGUGCUGCUGUGUCUGUUCUGCAUUUAGCCAGACCCUUUGUUUCCAGUCGACAGCCGAGGCGCUCGAAAGCUAGCUAGAGCUCCAAACCCGGGGAAAGAGCUUGGGGAGAUCAGCCAGCGUCAUAAUCACACACCUCCGCAGAUCUCGAGCCUUUUAAAGUCCUGCGGGCUUCCGUUCGCGCGCAACUGCACUUUUGUAGAGUUGCACAACUCACUUCCUCCCAAUAUGUCUGCAAAGUCGACGCAAGGGCCUGGCGGCAAGAAGCCGGCGUCCGCAGCUACUAACUUGAUCGCUGGUGGUGGUGCUGGUAUGAUGGAGGCGCUCGUGUGCCACCCUUUGGAUACUAUCAAAGUCCGCAUGCAACUUUCUAAGCGAGCGCGCAUGCCUGGUGCCCCAAAGCGUGGAUUCCUCAAGACUGGAUCCGAGAUUGUAAAGCGCGAGACUGCGCUGGGUCUGUACAAGGGUCUUGGUGCUGUCCUGACGGGUAUUGUUCCCAAGAUGGCUAUCCGUUUCACGUCGUAUGAGUGGUACAAGCAGAUGCUCGCAGACAAGGACGGCAUGGUGUCUUCAAAAUCGACAUUCCUGUCCGGUCUCGCUGCAGGUGUCACUGAGGCUGUCCUUGUGGUGACCCCCAUGGAAGUCGUCAAGAUCCGCCUUCAAGCGCAACACCACUCUAUGGCUGAUCCGCUCGAUGUGCCUAAAUACCGCAACGCUGCGCACGCCCUAUACACCGUGCUGAAGGAGGAGGGUGUCGGCGCCUUGUGGCGUGGUGUGUCGCUGACGGCUCUCCGUCAGGGUACCAACCAAGCCGCCAACUUCACAGCUUACUCAGAGCUGAGGUCGCGGCUGCAGACGUACCAGAACACCACCGACCUGCCCGGCUGGCAGACGUCUUGCAUCGGUCUCAUCUCCGGUGCCGUCGGGCCCUUCUCCAACGCGCCCAUUGAUACAAUCAAGACCAGGCUGCAGAAGACACCGGCCGAGCCGGGGCAGAGCGCCAUGAGCAGAAUCACAGCGAUUGCAGGUGAUAUGUGGAAACAGGAAGGCGUGAAGAGUUUCUACAAGGGCAUCACACCCCGCGUGAUGCGUGUUGCACCGGGACAGGCUGUGACAUUCACGGUAUACGAGUACCUCAAGGGCAUACUCGAGAAAGGAAGAGAGAUGAUUCCCGGCGGCCAGUACGAGGAGUAAUGCGGGGUAAUUCUUUGAUAUCCACGACGCUUUGAUGGUCGCGUGCAGCAGGGCGGUCGUCUGCUCCUUACAGUAAAACAUGUUCAUACACAGUCAGAAACAUUCAAAGUUAGCACAGCCGAUUUGUGACAUGUGAGAGGGACGCGCCAGGAUGCAGGG